UGUUGCGAGCAUCAGAGAAGAGCAUCUUUCUUCGAAGCAAACGUCUACUAAAUUUAGCAUUUUCAUUAGUUUGCAGAGAGCUUCCAUAGAAAGGCUAAUGCAACCUUCUAAAAUCAGUCAAGCCCACGAACGCUUGAAUUUAUGCAAGAAUUGCGACCACCACCGCACAGUGGACGCACAAUGAGACUUCUUUGAGCCGCUCAUGAAGGAAGCUCCAAACGGCGAUUUGUGCAAAGGAUUCUACGCCAAAUUGUGGCGUGUCCUUUGUGGAAACAUAAGUGUUUCAGGCGGUGAGCAAUACUUGAGGUUGAAAGAAACAGUUUCAAUGGGUGUUCUCGAUCUGUUCGUCGUGGCCUUGAUGCCAGUUCUGAAAGUACUCUUGGUUACUGCUGUUGGCUCAUUUCUUGCGUUCAACCGUGUGAAUCUGUUGGGGCACGAUGCAAAGCAACACAUGAAUAAUUUGGUGUUCUACCUAUUCACUCCGUCGUUGAUAGGAAGCAACUUGGCCGACACACUUACACUCAGCAGUUUGGUUACUUUAUGGUUCAUGCCGGUGAACAUUCUUCUCACAUUCAUUAUUGGCUCGGCUCUUGCUUGGGUACUGAUAAAACUCACAGGGACUCCCCCGUAUCUCCGAAGCCUUGUCAUCGGUUGUUGUGCAGCAGGAAACUUGGGAAACUUGCCCUUGGUUAUAAUUCCCGCUGUCUGCGCCGAGACAAACAGUCCAUUUGGAGAUUCAUCCACCUGCUCUACUAAUGGCGAGGCAUAUGCUACCCUGUCUAUGGCGAUAGGCGCUGUGUACAUAUGGUCCUAUGUGUACACACUCAUGAGGAUAUCUGCAGAGAAGACAGCUGAAGAAACGGACCCGAAGGACUCCACAGCGAGCCUAAAUGCUGAUGGAGUAACUUCAGGUGGACUUCCAGAGAUCAUCACGGAACCAUUACUUGCUCCAGACGAUUCUCCAAGCCCUAAGGACUGCAUUAGCCAAGAUGAAAUUUAUCAAACGAGGUUCGACGGAAAAACAAAGAUAUCAUUCCUGAAGAAGAUCAGGCAGCAUAUGACAACUAUUACAGAGCAUAUUGACGUAAAGAAGUUGUUUGCACCUUCUACAAUUGCAGUGAUUAUCGGUUCCAUCAUUGGAGUAGCAUCUCCAAUCCGGAAACUCAUAAUUGGUGAUGAUGCUCCUCUGCGCGUGAUCUACACUGCAACGAAUUUGAUAGGGGGGGCUGCAAUUCCAUGUAUCACUCUGAUAAUUGGAGCCAAUCUUUUAAAAGGUUUGAAGAGAUCGAAUGUUAGUCCCGUAGUUAUUAUAGGAGUUAUCACGAUCAGGUAUAUUGCCUUGCCAUUGAUCGGUAUCGGUAUCGUUAAAGCUGCUCAACAUUAUGGCAUGGUCGGAUCAGAUGCACUAUAUCAGUUUACCCUCAUGCUUCAAUAUGCCCUUCCACCCGCAAUGAAUGUCGGUACAAUCACCCAGCUGCUGGAAGCCGGCGAGAGUGAAUGUUCAAUCAUUUUGUUAUGGACAUACGCUGUAGCAUCCUUGAGCCUCACAUUCUGGGCUACAUUCUUCAUGUGGAUCGUCGCAUAAGUACAUUCCAUUCGGCUUUACUUUUCCUUUUUCCGAAUCCAGUGCGAAAACCGGGUCGUGGCCUUUCCCCGGGAAGGCCACCAUUAUACCUCAGUAGAUCAUAAAACUGGAUGAACUUUGCAGCACAAAAAUCUGUCAUUCUUUUGGCAGAAGUAACCGAAUCUCACAGAUGAGAGAAAAGGAUGAAAAGAUACAUUGGCAGUGCGAAAUGUUCUGUUUAUUUCCUACAGGUGUGACCUUCUAAAGCAUCGGAUUGUAACUGCGCGGAAUCGGUAUUCAAUAUACGCAUCUGGUUUCUUCUGUAAUCA